GUUUGGUCACUGACAAUCCAUUAAUUUAUACCACACCAUAAUAUUUUUCUUAUUUACAGAUACAAGGGCAAAUAUAUCACAGAGCAGGUUCACUGUUACCAGUGUCAGAUAGCGACAACAAAUUCCUGCAAAUUUAUUUUAUGGGCAAUUCACCACAAGAAAUUGAUCUGCGUUGUGCACAUAACAAUUUAGUAAAGAGGUCUAUUAUAGAACAAUUACAAACUUUAUUUCAUCAACACAAUCAAUUGAUUAUAUUGUUUAAAACUGCCCUGGAUCUGAUGCCAUCCGAUAAUCACAAAAUUGUAAUCAGAGCUGAUAAAACACCUGCAGGUCAACAUACAAGACGUUUUAAUGCACCAACUAUUGAUGAAGUUGCUAUCGUUGUAGUUGGAGAAAACUUGGAAUCCCGUGAUAUUGUUUUACAUCGUCGGAAUGAUCAAUUACAACGUAUAAAGGAAACACACCGCUCAUAUGAUGCACUGCAAUAUCCCAUUAUAUUUUGGCAAGGUGAAGAUGGCUACGAUUUCUCAACAAAAAUGAUAAAUCCCAUUACAGGUUCUGAAACCAACAAAAAAGUCAGUUCAAUGAACUAUUAUUCAUACCGCCUAAUGAUUCGGGAAAAUGAAGAUAAUCACAUAUUGAAAUGUCGGCGAUUAUAUCACAAAUAUGUUGUUGACAUGUAUGUUAAAAUUGAAACGGAGAGAUUAACAUUCAUCAGGUUGAAUCAAACCAAACUCCGAUCUGAAGAGUAUAUUCACCUUCGAGAUGCGAUUAAUACUGAUGGAAAUGCACAGAAUGUCGGUCGGAUGACUAUUCUUCCAGCAACAUACAUCGGAAGCCCUCGGCAUAUGCACGAAUAUGCUCAAGAUGCCAUGUCGUAUGUUCGUCAUUAUGGUACAGCAGAUUUGUUCAUCACAUUUACAUGCAAUCCGCAAUGGAUAGAAAUCAAGCAGGAGUUAUUCUCUGGGCAAUCACCCAUUGAUCGUCAUGAUAUUACAGCCACAGUCUUUAGACAAAAGUUGAAAUCAUUAAUGGAUUUCAUCGUAAAACAUAAUGUGUUUGGUGAGACACGCUGCUGGAUGUAUUCUGUGGAGUGGCAGAAACGAGGAUUGCCACAUGCACACAUUUUGAUUUGGUUGGUUGAAAAGAUAAGGCCAAAUGAAGUUGAUGCAGUGAUAUCAGCUGAAAUCCCUGAUGUACAAGUAGAUCCUGGAUUACAUGAGGUAGUUAUCAAACACAUGAUACAUGGUCCCUGUGGAACUCUUAAUCAAAAUUCACCGUGUAUGAUGGAUGGUAAAUGUUCAAAACGAUAUCCACGGACAUUAAUAUCGGAAACAAUUACUGGUAAUGACGGUUAUCCAUUGUAUCGUCGCAGAUCGACAGCAGACAAUGGAAAAUCAACAAUUGUCAAAUUAAAUCAACAAGAUAUUGAAAUAGAUAAUCGUUGGAUUGUUCCAUAUUCACCCAUUUUAUUAAAGACAUUCAAAGCACACAUCAACGUUGAAUCUUGCCAUUCAGUGAAAUCAAUUAAAUACAUUUGCAAAUAUGUAACCAAAGGGAGUGAUAUGGCUGUGAUUGGAAUUGGUGCAGAGAAUUCCAAUGAUGAAGUUACCCAAUACCAAAUGGGCCGCUAUGUCAGUAGUAAUGAAGCAGUUUGGCGAAUAUUUUCUUUUCCUAUUCAUGAGAAACACCCUUCUGUUGUUCACUUAGCUGUGCAUUUAGAAAAUGGACAAAGAGUGUAUUUUACAACACAGAACGCAGUACAAAGAGCUGCUCAGCCACCAUCUACUACAUUAACCAGUUUUUUUGAGACAUGCCAAAACGAUGAUUUCGCACAAACAUUGCUAUAUUCUGAAAUGCCAAAAUAUUAUACCUGGAAUCAAUCCUCAAGGAGAUUUAUACGACGGAAACAAGGAAAACCAGUUCCAGGAUAUACAGAUAUAUAUUCCACCGAUGCGAUUGGCCGGAUUUAUUCAGUACAUCCAAGCAAUGAUGAAUGUUUUUAUUUACGACUGCUAUUAGUCAAUGUACGUGGCGCAACAUCAUUCCAACAGUUACGAACUGUUGAUGGUGAAUUGUGUGGAUCCUGUCCUGUGAGAAGCCUGUCAACGUUUGCAAUUACUUGA